CGACAGAGCCUGGGCGCGAACCCAGAGUCUCUGAUGGCACAGCUGGCGCUGCAGUACAGUACUGCGCCACCCGGGAGACCGAGUGGCACCUUUUCAAUGAGGUACGGUCAGAGAUUAAUAUAUCCAUCUGUGUUAAGGUGCUCCUGACGGUAUACGCUGAUGAAGACAGUUUGUCGGUCGGAAAGGUUGGAUAUUUGUCACGGUCGUCCUCUUCAUCUGAAGAGGAGAGGCGAGAUGGAUCGGAGGACCAAAAUGCGGCGUGAAAAAGAAGUGCAGAGUUCGCCUCGGGAUUGGGAGCCGCUGUCCAUCGCCGUUCCCAAUCCCACCCAAACUGACGUCAUUGGAUGCCGGCAUGGUAACUGCGUCAGUUUGGAAAAACCGGGAGAAGAAGAACGUAAAGGAUCACCACCAACUUGAUUCUUCCUUUGUCUCUUCUUUCCAUUUGAAACCGUCUACAACAUCUCUGACGCCCCUCAACCCCUUGUCUGGCCGAACACCAAUCGGCACUCCAUCCCCCUCACCCCCUGGAUCCCCUGCCAGAUCCCCUUCCACUCUCUCCAAGUUCUUCGGCCUCUCUUGCCUCUCCUCUCUCCACAUGUCAUCUCUCUCUUCUUCUUCUUCUUCUUCUUCUUCAUUGGAAGGAUCACAGACCUCCUCCCCUUUUAGUGCUUCUUCUGUUUCCCUGGCUGUCUCAACUCAGUUUUCCUCCUCUGCCACUCCCCUCAGUCCUGCCUGCCCUUCCUCCACAACCCACGUCUCCUCCCCUGCCCCCCAGUCCUCCUCUCCAAACCCCCUGGACCACCAUGGAGAGACCAACAAAGACAGUGAGACUGCCAGAGAUCUUAUGAGCUCUGAGGUCAAAGAGGUGGGAGCAGUUGUUCCAAAGAGAAUGAUACCCCUAUUUGCUGGCAUUGCAGAGGCCUCCAUUGACCUGAAGGCUUCCUCUGACUCCUUGGAGAGGCCAUUGGUCAGGUCUCGGGAAGCCAUGGCUCGCCUCCCCAACCUGGUCAGCAAGAGUAGCACCCAGCUGGGGGAGCAGAGCUGCACAGAAGAGGGCGAAGACAACACCAAGCUCUUCGGGUUGCCUAAUAUUGGCAACACCUGCUUCAUGAACUCUGCUCUGCAGUGCCUGCUGGGGCUGCCAGCAUUUUGCAGAGACAUCCUGAGACAGCAGAACAUCUGGAGUUCCUCCCCCUCCUCUAAACUGCUAUGCUGCUUUGCCAAGUUACAUCAGGCCAGGCUUUCUGGAGGCACUGUUAAUGCUAAGAACAAGGAAAAUAAGAAAAUCCUUCAAACAGUCAAGCGCUGUCUCUCCGUUGUCAAUGAAGACUAUGAGGAAGACUAUGAACAGGAUGCCCAUGAAUGUGUGUUGCUCCUCCUCUUUCAGCUGAAGGAGGAGGGUAUGGCAUUAAAGGGCUCACCAGAGCCAUACACCUGCCCCGUGAAGCAGUUAGAAUUCAAGCUGAAGACUUCCCGUACCUGCACCAGCUGUGGAGUUAUAGUGUAUGGUCAGGAGGAUUAUAAUCACCUGUCACUGAGCCUGAGCCAUUACCUGCCACACAGCCUGGACCUCUACUUUAAGCCAUCUGCGUUAGAGUGUGCAUGCAGGGUGUGCUCAGGCAGCACAGCAUCUGUGACUAGGCACUUCCUCACGCUGCCCCGGGUCCUAAUGCUUCAUAUCAAGCGAUUUACUGCAGGUGACUGGGAGCCAGAGAAGGUGGAUGAUCCCAUGUCCAUACCUGCAGAAAUAACCCUCCCAGCCGUAUGUGGGAAGACAGCCCAUGUCCAGUAUGGAGCCAGGGCAAGCUCCCUGGGUAGAAACAACAUGGACAACACACCUGCAAACUCCCUGAAAGGCACCCUUGAUAGACCAGCUUCAAAUUACUCUGACCAGCUAGAGAAACCAGGUGACAGUGAGAAAAAGCAGCAGGCAGCCGCUGUGAGACACCAGCCAGACAAUAUCUACAAAUUGUCAAGUGUGAUCUCACAUCUGGGAGACAACAUGUAUACAGGCCACUACAUCAGUGAUGUUUUGGACAGCCGUGGCAGUGGGUGGCUCUGCCUGGAUGACGCACAUGUCUUGAGGACAGAUGAGGCCACUGUGCUGAAGGAGAUUGCACAGACUGCCUACAUCCUGUUCUAUGUCUGCAGUGGAGCAGGUGAAGGAGACCAGGCCCCUCACUACCAGGAGAAGGACCAGGAGAAACCAUCAUUAAACUCAGGUAGAGGCACAGCGCUCAGGGACCACCUGGAGUAGCACGUACCACACACCAAGAAACAUCAGAUUAAUCGAAUUAGGCUGCCCUACACCACCAUCAGACUGCCCUACUCCACCAUCAAGCUGCCCUAGACCACCAUCAGACUGCCCUACUCCACCAUCAAGCUGCCCUAUACCACCAUCAAGCUGCCCUACACCACCAUCAAGCUGCCCUACACCACCAUCAAGCUGCCCUAGACCAUCAUCAGACUGCCCUACUCCACCAUCAAGCUGCCCUAGACCCCCAUGAAGCUGCCCUACACCACCAUCAAGCUGCCCUAGACCACCAUCAAGCUGCCCUAGACCACCAUCAAGCAGACCUAGACCCCCAUCAAGCUGCCCUACACCACCAUCAAGCUGCCCUAGACCACCAUCAAGCUGCCCUACACCACCAUCAAGCUGCCCUAGACCACCAUCAACUGCCUUAGACAACCAUCAAGCUGCCCUAGACCACCAUCAAUUAUCCCUACACCACCAUCAAGCUGCCCUAGACCACCAUCAGACUAUCCUAGACCAUUAGGACAUCACGCUGGCCUAAACCACCUAGACACCAAGCUGCCCUAGACCACCAGAACACCAGGCUGCUCUAGACCACCAGAACACCAGGCUGCCCUAGACCACCAGAACACCAGGCUGCCCUAGACCACCUGGACAUCAGGCUGCCCUAGACCACCAGGCUGCCCUAGACCACCAGAAGAAACAGCCUACACCACAAAGCAUGUACCCACUCUAGGCCAUCUACUGUAUGUUUACAAUUAUAUAAAUAUAAAACA